CAUCUUCAUGACGCACUCGUUCUUGAAGUCAUGUACUUGGGGCUUGGCUUUCUCUAUCUACUGCUGUUGGUCGAAGGAAACAAUGAAAAUAAGCUCAGGUGCAAGAAGCGCUUCAGCGUUGAUUGCCAACUUAAGAAAAUAAAGUGGUUCUACAAUCCCACGGCGGUUAUGUGUAUGCAGAGACUGACUUGUCGCCACGGCUUUUCCUAUCGAACGGACUGCGAACGCAGUUGCAUUGACCCUCGCAAAAGGGAGAGCGUAGAACCAGGUAAGACGCUUGCGGAAAUUCAAAAGAUAUUGGAUCAGCUCAACGAAAGACACAAGAACAAGACGCAUAAAGUAACGAAGCCUCCAAGGCAAACUAAGCCAACCAAGGCAACCAAGACAACCGCCAAGAAAACAAAGCCACCCAAGCGUCCACCAAUUGCUUCCAAAACAGUUUCUACAUUUUUCCAACCGUUUACAACUCCAGUUCCUGAAAUGAUUAUUGUAGAGAACCUUUAUGCUUCUGUGGCCCCGGAAGAACUAACAAUACAGGACCCACUUGAAAAGUUGGACCCCAAUAAGUCAAAAUCCCUGCCCAGCAGCGUUACCCCAAAGACUACUAAGAUCAGUGAGCAACCCAAUGAAAAAGCCCCAGAUACCCCAAGCAUCCAGAAGAAAACUACGAAAUACAAAAGAAUUUCCCCAGCUACUCCUCGAACUACUACGCGGAGGAAGAGCCUUCUAGAUCGUAUUAUUGAGAAGCCAAAAAAUAUAUACGAUAAAUUAACAAAAUGGGGUAAUAAGGGAUAAAAAACAAUUGAUUCACCUCCAAGAUAUUAACAAAUAAAUGCCGCAAAACCUCAA